UUGGAGCCUUUGCAAUCUUGGCCCCUCCUUUCUUGAUCGAAAAAAAAAUAGUACUGGAGUCUUGCCUUUUAUUCUGCUCAAGUUACUGAGGAAGGAAAGACAAGAGUCAGACUUCUUGGACUGUGGACACCAUGGAUCUCAAACAUAAUAGUUCAGUGAAGUUGAAUGAUGGAAACUUGAUGCCAGUGCUUGGAUUUGGCACGUUUGCUCCUGAUGAAAUUCCAAAGAGCAAGGCUAAUGAGGCUACCAAAAUAGCCAUUGAUGUAGGUUUCCGUCACAUAGAUGCUGCAUACUUAUACCAAAAUGAGGAAGAAGUUGGACAGGCUCUGAGAGACAAGAUGGCUGAUGGAACUGUGAAGAGAGAGGAUUUAUUCUACACCACCAAGAUUUGGGCGACUUUCCUUAGACCAGAGUUGGUUCGUCAGUGCCUGGAGAGAUCACUGAAGAAACUUGGGCUGGAUUAUGUAGACCUCUGCAUUAUUCAUGUACCGAUUGCUAUGAAGCCUGGAGAGGAACUUCUGCCAAAGGAUGCCAAGGGAGAAAUUAUUUUAGACAUAGUGGACAUUCGUGAUACAUGGGAGGCACUGGAGAAGUGUAAAGACUUAGGUUUAACCAAGUCCAUCGGGGUGUCCAAUUUCAACCACAAACAGCUGGAAUUGAUUCUGAACAAACCAGGGCUAAAGUACAAGCCCACUUGUAAUCAGGUAGAAUGUCACCCAUAUCUCAACCAGAGCAAACUCCUGGAGUUCUGCAAGUCCAGAGAUAUUGUUCUAGUUGCCUACAGUGCCCUGGGAUCCAGCAGAGACCCAACCUGGGUAAGCAGUGAUAGCCCAUACCUUCUGGAGGAACCUAUCUUAAAGACCAUUGCCAAGAAUCACAACAGAACUCCAGGCCAGGUUGCCCUGCGCUACCAGCUACAGAGGGGUGUGGUGGUUUUGGCCAAGAGCUUCAAUGAGAAGAGAAUCAAAGAGAACUUCAAGGUGUUUGAUUUUGAAUUGACCGCAGAGGACAUGAAAGUUAUUGAUGGCCUCAACAGAAAUUAUAGAUAUGAUAGUAUGCCAUUUGCGGUGGAUCACCCUUACUAUCCAUUUUUAGAAGAAUACUGAGCAUGAGCUAUUAAACAUUACAGAGACUCUCCUCCCUCUAAACAAUGUGUAUCUGUAUUUGGUGGAGUGAUUGAGAAGCAGGAUUCCUUCAAAUGAUACAAAAAUCUCAAGUGUUUUUUUUUCUUGAUGAUUAAAAAAAUAACAAACAAAUUACAGAAAAUUUAUUAAACAAAAAGAAAUAUUU